GGUUGGGCUGCCCGUGUUACCUCGGGACUCCCUGCUCCGCCUACAAAAGGGCUGGACUUCCUGUUUUCCCACGUGUAGGGCGGAGCUGAACAACUGCUCCAUGGCCAAACUGGGGGAGCUUGUGGCAGGUGCGCAGGGGGUCCUCUCUUAGGGGAACCCCGGAUGCAGUUGCAGAGUCUAUCGCUUUUCCCCUCUUCCCGGAUUACCUCUCUGCCCCCAAAGUGCUGCCCUCAGGCAUGCGAUGACAACGGCCCUAGAGCUUCUAGCCUCGUACCGCUGCCCCCGUGGCUGCCUCGCCCGGGGACUUGUCGGCGCCUCGCUAGUGACAGGGUAACAGCCCCGCCAGGGGCCCCUCUGGGCCUUCGGAGCCUUUUCUGUUAGAGCUCAUUGGACCCAACGGCCCCUCCGGGCUUUAACAGUCCCCUUGCUUCUUUGUUAAGGUGUUUGUAUGUCGAGGGAGGUUCCCAAGUGCCAGACCGGCCCCCACGGGUUCUAUUCUGGUCACCCCUUAUCUUCCCCCAGGGCGUGGAUGGCAUCCGGGCGCCCCGAGGAGCUAUGGGAAGCCGUGGUGGGGGCAGCCGAGCGGUUUCGGGCACACACGGGUACGGAGCUGGUACUGCUGACAGCUGCACCCCCGCCCCCACCGCGGCCCGGCCCCUGUGCCUACGCCGCCCAUGGCCGGGGUGCCUUGGCCGAAGCUGCCCGACGCUGCUUACACGACAUAGCUCAAGCUCAUCGGGCGGCCGCGGCCAGGCCCCCGGCGCCACCACCGCCUGCCCCAGAGCCCCGGCCCCCUAGCCCAAGGAGCUCGCCCCAUCCUCGGAAGCCCGAAGACAAGAAGGAUGAGGACAGGGAAGACGGCAACGAGGAGGAGGAGACGGAGACUGAGACGUCGGGGAGCAGGCUGGGCCUGGGAGAUAAUGGAGGCCUGUUCGUCAUGGAUGAAGACACUGCCCACGAAGACCUGCCCCCCUUCUGUGAGUCCGACCCCGAGAGCACCGACGACGGCAGCCUGAGCGAGGAGGCGCCCGCCGGGCCCCUGCCCUGCGUCAGCCAGGCCCCCCAGCAGUAUGCCAAGUCCCUGCCCGUGUCUGUGCCCGUCUGGGGCUUCAAAGAUAAGAGAAACGAGACCAGGUCCUCGGACGAGGAAAACGGGCCGCCUUCUUCCCCGGACUUGGAGCGCAUCGCGGCCAGCAUGCAGGCGCUGGUCCUGCGCGAGGCCGAAGGCUCCCAGGUGUUCGGAGACCUGCCCCGGCCCCGCCUCAACACCAGCGACUUUCAGAAGCUGAAGCGGAAAUACUGAGGGGAGGGGGGCUGCCAGCGCCGCCCCUCCCCCUCUACCCUUCUUUCCUCCCUCUUCCCCACACCUCGACCUUGCGCCGGGCGGGCUCUGCCCUUUGGCACCGCCCCCGGUACGCCCAGGUCUGGCCAAUCCUGGAUCCGUUCGCUGCCCCUCCCUCCCGGAAUCCGUUUUUUUCUGGCUCUUCUCCCUGUGUUGGGGAGGCUAAUGGAAGCAUCCAAUCAGCUCCCGGAAUUUCCUCAAUUCCGCUCCUCGACAGGCCCUGGCCAAUCCCAGGCUCCCUUCUUGGAGCAUUCUUUUAGGAGAGAGGGUGUGGGGGCAUCCAAUCAGCUCCUCGCUUGGCCUAGGUGUUUUCCUGGGCCAAUCGCAGCCUUAGAUCUUUCGGUCCUUCCUCUUCCUUUUGGGAGGAUCCAAUCAACGCCUGAACUGCCGGUGGCUCCUCUUUACGGGGGAAAAAAGACCGUACUACGGGGAAGCCCCUACUUAACACUACAGCCUCCCUGUCCCGGUCCCGCCACCUCAGGGAUGGCCCGAUUGCAUAUCCGAUGACGCUACCCACUCCCCCAUUGGCCUGUUCCUGGGAAGGGUUUAGCUGUUCAGCCACCCCCUCGCUCGGGGGCUUGCUAAGCCUUCAUUCCUACACGUGCCUUAAAGGGCACCGCCCGCCCGUAUGAGGGUGGGAACGGGCAGGGGGAACGCCUGCGAAUAAAGAGUUUGACGUUAA